UGCAGAGAGCAGGCUGCUCUCUCUCUCUCCACCAUAAAUCAUUCCUCCUCAACCUAGACCCUGCUGUAUUGCCGUGCUUUUGACAAUUGGAGGGCGGCCUACAUAGCUGCUUAUCCCCCGGGUGGCGACUGUAGCAACAAAACUUUUAUCUUGCGGGGUUUUGGGGGUGGCGGAAGAUUGGGUUUUUCUUGGCUCUGGAAAUCUGUCCAGAUGUGCGGAUUUGGUGUGGAAUUGCAGUGAGAAGGCCAAAGAGCUGUUCCGGUGCUAAAUUUGGGAAGUUCAGGGAUUCCAUUUUCGGUUGAUGCGAAUGGGAAGUCACUUUCGGCCGAUGGGGAGCUCUCAGGUGUGAAGGUUUUGAGGUGGGAUUACGACCUGAAGGUUGAAGGAGAUGCUAAUGGCGUCGAUAUCGGAUAGCGAGGCGACCAACCGGGGAAGCAUGUGGGAGCUGGAUCAGAACCUUGAUCAGCCCAUGGAUGAGGAGGCUAGUCAGCUGAAGAACAUGUACAUAGAAAAGAAGUUUUCAUCAAUUUUGUUACUGCGGCUCGCGUUUCAGAGCCUUGGCGUAGUAUUUGGUGAUUUAGGUACAUCACCAUUGUAUGUUUUCUACAAUAUCUUUCCACAUGGGGUUGAUGAUGAUGAAGAUGUUAUUGGAGCUCUGUCCUUGAUCAUUUACACACUUACCCUCAUCCCUCUGAUGAAGUACGUUUUUGUUGUCUUGCGAGCCAAUGAUAAUGGUCAAGGUAAGAUAUCACAUUCUUGUAAUCUUACCGUUUGUCGGCUGUUAUGAUUCAUUUGACAUUUGCAAGAAUUAUGAGUGCUGUUGUCAAUGGUAAAAGUAUGAGCUGAUAGUUCGCAUAGGUUCUGCAAUUUUACCAUGUGGUUUGGUUGUGUGAUGGAUUUGUAUCAAGUAUCAACAUGUUCUAAUAUGAGAUGCCGGAGUGAUUGGUAGCCAACAAUUUACUAAUCAUGAAAUUUGUAGAAGGUGAAGCUUCAAGAUCAUUUUGCUUUGUGCUCAGACAAGAAAUACUUUUGCAAUUGGAAUUUGUUUCCACAAACGUUCAGACAAUAUAUUUUUCUGUUUAUUGACAGGUGGCACAUUUGCUCUUUAUUCUCUACUGUGCCGGCAUGCAAAGCAAAAGUGAAGAGAUGGCUAGAGGGACAUGCAUAUAAAAAGAAUUGUCUUCUUAUUCUCGUUCUCAUUGGUACAUGUACCGCCAUUGGAGAUGGAAUCCUUACUCCUGCUAUAUCAGUUCUCUCUGCAUCAGGUGGAAUAAGGGUUCAGAACCAGAACAUGAGCACAGAUGUGGUUGUAAUUGUUGCUGUGGUCAUAUUAAUUGGCUUAUUCUGCAUGCAACACUAUGGGACAGAUAAAGUUGGGUGGCUCUUUGCACCUCUAGUGCUCCUUUGGUUUAUUCUAAUUGGAAGUGUUGGGGUAGUGAACAUACACAAGUACAACAGUUCUGUUCUAAAAGCAUAUAAUCCAGUCUACAUCUUCCGGUAUUUCAAACGAGGGAAAUCUGAGAUUUGGGCAUCUCUUGGAGGGGUCAUGCUUAGCAUCACAGGAACUGAAGCAUUGUAUGCUGAUCUCUGUCACUUCCCUGUAUUGGCUAUUCAGAUCGCCUUCACCUUAGUGGUGUUCCCAUGCCUUCUACUGGCAUACACUGGGCAGGCUGCUUACAUUAUUGACCACAAGGACCAUGUAGCUGAUGCUUUCUAUCGCUCCAUCCCAGGACCCAUAUACUGGCCAGCCUUCAUCAUAGCAACUCUUGCAGCUGUAGUCGCAAGUCAAGCAACCAUAUCUGCUACUUACUCAAUAAUAAAGCAAGCUCUUGCACUGGGUUGUUUCCCCCGUGUCAAUGUUGUCCAUACCUCAAAGAAAUUUCUGGGGCAGAUUUACAUCCCUGACAUCAACUGGAUACUUAUGAUUCUUUGCAUUGCUGUGACUGCUGGAUUCAAGAACCAAAGCCAGAUAGGAAAUGCAUAUGGCACUGCGGUGGUGAUUGUUAUGCUAGUUACAACAUUCCUUAUGGUCCCAGUUAUGCUGCUUGUAUGGAAGAGCCACUGGAUUCUUGUUGUCAUCUUCCUAGUGCUCUCCUUGACGGUUGAGCUCCCAUACUUCACAGCCUGCAUUAAUAAAGUGGACCAAGGUGGAUGGGUUCCCCUAGUCAUCGCCAUAACCUUCUUCAUCAUCAUGUACGUGUGGCAUUUCUGCACCGUGAAGCGCUAUGAAUUUGAGAUGCACAGCAAGGUCUCUAUGGCCUGGAUUCUGGGACUAGGGCCAAGCCUUGGCCUUGUCAGGGUCCCUGGAAUAGGCUUUGUGUAUACCGAGCUUGCAAGUGGUGUCCCACAUAUCUUCUCCCAUUUCAUCACCAACCUCCCUGCCAUCCAUUCGGUUGUUGUCUUUGCCUGUGUGAAGUACCUGCCGGUAUAUACAGUCCCUGUUGAAGAACGGUUCAUCAUGAAGAGGAUUGGGCCAAAGAACUAUCACAUGUUCCGCUGUGUCGCAAGGUAUGGAUACAAGGACAUCCACAAGAAAGACGAAGACUUUGAGAAGAUGCUCCUCGACAGGCUCUUGGUCUUUGUCAGACUAGAGAGCAUGAUGGAUGGCUACUCCGACUCUGAGGAUUUCACCAUGAUGGAGCAGAAGGGUGAGAGGUCCACCAGAGCACUGCUGACUGAGAAGGCUGGAAGCAACACAAUGAGCUCGAUUGGUGACAUGAGCUACUCAUCACAUGACUCCAUCAUGCCGGCCAAAUCACCUUUGACAGGGAACAGCCUGACAAGGUACUCGAGCCAGACAUUCGGCGACGAGCAGGAGUUCCUGAACCGGUGCAAGGACGCUGGUGUCGUGCACAUCCUCGGGAACACGGUCGUGCAGGCACGCAGAGAUUCGGGGAUCGUCAAGAAGGUGGCUGUGAAUUAUGUGUACGCCUUCCUUAGGAAGCUGUGCAGGGAGAACAGUGUGAUCUUCAAUGUUCCUCAUGAAAGCCUUCUGAAUGUAGGCCAGAUAUAUUACAUAUGAACACUUUGUUUGUUCUUUUGAUCGGGUUCAGAAGUGAGUAGUUCUGAGCUGCUGCAAUCUGUAGGGCAGGUACAUGAUCAGUCCUAGAGUAAAUGUUCAUUAGUUAGUUUCGUGCCUUUCUCAGGUAUUGCUGAUGUUGCUGGUGGCAUAUUCUACAUGAGGUUUGUGGGCUGCAUCCAAUUGCCAUUUUUCCUUAGUAAGGCGAAUGGGUUUUGCUUAACAUGAUGUCAACAAUUGCUGCUGCAUACAUCAUGUAACUGUCAGGCUGAGAAAAAUGUAAUCUGCUGGUAUUUCUUCA